AUGGCAGGCGAAAUCACAGAGACCGGGGAGCUCUAUUCUCCCUACGUGGGACUGGUGUAUAUGUUCAACCUCAUCGUGGGCACUGGUGCGCUCACCAUGCCCAAGGCCUUUGCCACGGCCGGGUGGCUGGUCAGCCUGGUGCUACUGGUAUUCCUGGGCUUCAUGAGCUUUGUGACGACGACCUUUGUGGUGGAGGCCAUGGGGGCGGCCAACGCUCAGCUCCGCUGGAAGAGGAUGGAAGCCCGCCAGGACGAGGAAGACGACUCCUCCUCCUCCUCGGCCUCCGACAGCGACGUUCCCGCCCAGGACAGCCACGAGCGGGCGGAGAAGCGGCCCAUCCUGUCUGUGCAGAGACGCGGAUCAAACCUUUUCGAGAUCACAGACCGGGUGGAGAUGGGGCAGAUGGCCUCCAUGUUCUUCAAUAAAGUGGGGGUCAACCUGUUCUACUUCUGCAUCAUCGUCUACCUGUACGGGGACCUGGCCAUCUACGCCGCAGCCGUGCCCUUCUCCCUCAUGCAGGUGACCUGCAGCGCCCUAGGCAACGACUCGUGCGGCGUGGAGGCCGACACCAAGUACAACGACACGGACCCGUGCUGGGGGCCCCUGCGCCGCAUGGACGCCUACCGCAUCUACCUGGCCGUCUUCACGCUCCUCCUCGGCCCCUUCACCUUCUUUGACGUCCAGAAGACCAAGUACCUGCAGAUCCUGACGUCCCUAAUGAGAUGGAUCGCUUUCGCCAUCAUGAUCGUGCUGGCCCUGGUGCGCAUCGCGCACGGGCGCGGGGAGGGGCGCCCGCCGCUGGCUGACCUCUCGGGCAUCCGGAACCUGCUGGGCGUGUGCGUCUACUCCUUCAUGUGCCAGCACUCCCUGCCGUCGCUCCUCACCCCCGUCUCCUCCAAGCGCCACCUCGCGCGCCUGGUCCUACUGGACUAUGUGCUCAUCCUGGCGUUCUACGGGCUCCUCUCCUUCACCGCCAUCUUCUGCUUCCGCGGCGACAGCCUCCUGGACAUGUACACCCUCAAUUUCGCGCGCUGCGACGUGGUGGGCCUGGCCGCCGUGCGCCUCUUCCUGGGCCUCUUCCCCGUCUUCACCAUCAGCACCAACUUCCCCAUCAUCGCCGUGACCCUCCGCAACAACUGGAAGACGCUCUUCCACCGCGAAGGGGGCACGUACCCCUGGGUUGUGGACCGCGUGGUGUUCCCCACCAUCACCCUGCUGCCCCCCGUCCUGGUGGCCUUCUGCACCCACGACCUGGAGUCCCUGGUGGGCAUCACGGGGGCCUACGCGGGCACAGGCAUCCAGUACGUCAUCCCGGCCUUCCUGGUGUACCUCUGCCGCAAGGACACCCAGCUGGCCUUUGGCUACGGGACCGUCAACACGCACAGGUCCCCCUUCCGCCACACCUUCUGGGUGGGCUUCGUGCUGCUCUGGGCUUUCUCCUGCUUCUUCUUUGUCACCGCCAACAUCGUCCUCAGUGAGACCAAGCUCUGA